CCCACCGCGCCGCCACGGCUCAGAACGCUGUAUAACACGGCCGAGGAAGGACGCUGCCCCACGGUCCUCCAGACUUCCGCACCGGCAGGAUCAUCUAUGGAAAACAUAGGCUUCGUGGAAAACCUUUCCGCCGAGCCCAUCCGCCUCACGACAAUUAAUACAUUUGAAGAGUCGCCCUAAGACGAGAGGUUACCGUCUGGCUGGCGAUAAUACUCUCACACAUUAGUGUCUGCACUUGCUGGUAGCACCCCCACUCCCCGCCACACAGGUCGUCAGCCCCGCCCCUGCAGGCGGUGAAGGAGAUAACUUGCCAGGUUGACUGAGCCACUUUUGGCAGCCGAGAACACCGUCUUCAAGAUGCUGUCCAUCCUGCGGCCCAACACCUACAAGACCAACCUGCCCCUGCUCUCCCAGGACUUCUAUGACUACCGCGUGUGUGAGGACGAGACGGCCGCCGCGCUGCUCGCUAAGCACAUCUGGCGCCUCCUGAAGAAGGCCCGGCACCGUCUGUAUCAGAUGCCCGGGUGCGAGGGAGGCGCCGCUGGGGUGUCAGUCCUGGUGCCCGCUGACUUCCUGAACCGCCUGUCCCGCGACGUGGUGCGCAUGACCGAAGGAGAGCGACACGGCGUAAGGGGAUGCACGUUGCAGAUCGACUACUUUGACGGGCAGGAGGUGACUCGCGUGGGCAGGAUCAAGUGUGACCCCCACCUGCCCUCCUCCUGCCUGCUCCACCUCACCCUCACGCGCCUAUCGGAGGGACCCAAGACCAAUAAUCCGCUGUUCAGGAUUCUGGGCUUCGGGAGCGACAACGUCAUCCACAUUAGCCCGGGGUACACGAUGGAGAAGAGGAGGAUCAAGAGCACUCCUAGGAACUCCUGCUGAAGGGCUCGCCUCCUCUUGACAAGGCGGCAACUUCGGGUGACAUGUCGUAGGGCAGGAGGGAGACAAGCAGGAGCAAGGAGAAGAAGAGAUUGCAAGAGGGGAAAGAAUAGACGAGGAAUGAUGAAGAUAGAAGAGAUUGCAAGAGGGGAAAGAAUAGACGAGGAGUGAUGAAGAUAGAAGAGAUUGCAGGAGAGGAAAGAAGAGACGAGAAAGAGUAAUAAUGGAGAUGAAAGAAGAUAUUGCAAGAGAGAAAGAAGAGCUGGAGGAGUAAUGAUGAUAGAAGAUGAGAUUGCAAGAGGAGAAGAAGAUGGCUUGAGAUGAUGGAGAGAGGAGGAAUAAUGAGAAGGAAUUGAUUGGAGGAGGGAAAGGAGAGAAGAUGAUGGAGAUAAUGACGGUGGAGAGGGAGGCAUUUGGUGGAGAGAAGAGGGUAUGAGGAGGGAUGAGUUAAAAUAAUGAAGGGAGAGCAAGAAAUAGAGCUGAAGGGAGAUGGAGAAAGCAGGGAGAAGGAAUGCAAGAAGGGGAGGCGCGGAGAGAGAGGGAGAGGGAGUAAAGAGAGAAGCAGGAGUGAGGGAGGGAGAGGAACUGCAAGGUCAAACUCCUCUCCCAUCUCCUCCUCCAUCUCCCCUUCCCUCCCCUCUCAAGCAAUGUUAGGUAGGCUCUCACCCCCCAACUCCAACCACUGGCCUAUGCAUGUCACUCUCUAAAGGUUCAAAUUACAUGUUCGUAGUUUUAUAUUUUCUCAAGGUCUGUGUUCUUUUGUGUCCAUCUUUUAUAAUAUUGUACUUUUGAUAGAUCUGCCACCUCGCACACACUUUGUAUUUUUUAGCUCGCUGGUCUGACUGAAUAAAAGAGCGUUUUGUAAGUA